AUGAAUUAUCUGGCACUGGUUUUCGUAAAGUUUAUUUGUUUUGCUUUAGCUCGUGCAAAGAAGAAAGCCCCUUGCAUCAUUUUCAUAGAUGAAAUUGAUUCGGUUGGUUCGAAACGAGUAGCCGAUGCCAUGCAUCCUCAUGCUAAUCAAACAGUCAAUCAGCUUCUUUCUGAAAUGGAUGGAUUUAAUACAAAUGAUGGUGUUAUCGUUAUCGGAGCGACGAAUCGAGUGAAUGAUUUAGAUGCAGCUCUACUUCGUCCUGGCCGCUUUGACAUUCAAGUUCAAGUUCCUUAUCCCGACUUAGAAGGGCGCAAAGAAAUUAUACAAUUAUACUUAGGCAGAAUAUCAGUCAAUGACGACGUAAAUGAAGAUGUUCUAGCUAGAGGAACCACAGGAUUUACUGGAGCCGAAAUUGAAAAUAUGAUAAAUCAAGCAGCUCUUAAAGCAGCAGGGGAUGGAUUUAUGAAGGUCACUAUGGCACACAUGGAAGAAGCGAAAGAUCGUGUUAUGAUGG